GGCAACAUGGCCUUCACCACCACCGCCAAGACGCUCGCCGCGCACUUUGCCACGCGCUGCAACGAGACGCCCAGCGUGCGCCUCCUCACGACGCGCGUCGACCCCGAGGCGGCCAAGGCGCUGUCGAAGAGCAAGCAGAAGAGCAUCGCCAAGGGCAAGGCCGCCGACCCGGGUGCGUCGCGCUCGCGCGGCUGCGCGUUCGUCGAGUUUGCCAGCGCCGGCAACCUGCAGCGCGCGCUGCAGUUCCACCACACGCUCCUCGAGGGGCGCACCAUCAACGUCGAGCUCACCGCCGGCGGCGGCGGGCAGAGCGGCGCGCGCCGCGGCAAGAUCGCGAGCAAGAACGCGCAGCUCGAAAAGGAGCGCGGCAAGCUGCACGAGAAGUACGUCAAGCCUGCCGAGGAGAAGCGCAAGGAGAAG